UUGAAGGUAAACGGAAGCAAAUCUCAGAUUUGUCACAGAUAUCCAUGUUUUCUGACCUCACAAUAAUCUCUGCUGGCUAACCCCUUGCUAAUAUUUUCACUACACCCCUGUCCUAUGAUUUGAAGUCUUUCAUGAAUGCCUGUGGCAGCUGAAAUUUAUGGAUGUACGGUAACAGUGACAUAAUAGAGUAUCACAAUUCUCAAACAUAUAAUCACCCAUCUGAUUACACAACCACAAUAUUUAAUACAUAAUAAUGGCUACUAUAGGUCACUCCUUUUAAUAUGAAAUACCAAACUCUAAAAAUCAGUCAAAUUAAAAAAAAUAUAUCAUAAAAACCUUAAAAUAUCUAGACACAGGUUGUUAAAAAGAUGAUAAAAAUGCCAUAUCUAUAUGCCUAUUCUCAGUAAGGCAGUCUACAGUAUUACACAGUAUGUAAAAAGGAUUUCACACUUUCCCAGGGUACUAUUUUGACAUAUUAUUUAUUACUUUAGUUCAUAUUACAGCCUGUUUUGCGCUGCUAAGGUGACUUGCUGUUAAACAAUGCGUCCAGCAGAUGGAGACAAAAUGAUAUCCACCAAGAUAUCAGUGCCCUCGCAUAACAUCACAUCAAUCGUAACAGUAACACGACUGAAUAUUGUUACCGGCCUGUUUUUUCUUUCUUCUUUUUUUUUUUUUUCUUAAUCAAUAUCAAUAUGAAGUGAGUAUAUAUUAGAAUAGAUCAGCUCGUAAAACACAGAUCAUCUUUACCAGCUAGUAAGCUAUUUCCAAGCUUCCUAAUUAAUUGUCUAAAUUGAACAGUAAUUGUUUCUAAUCGCCUUAUUGUUAUUUUUCUUUAAAGCUGCUUGAUGAUAUUGGAUUAGUAGAGGAAGUUCAGAAGGAAUUUUCCAGUUUGAGCAGCUCAGGCCUGUGUUUAAAUAGCUGACCAGACUGGAUUUUUCAGCAGGAACCUGAAUUGAGAACGCUUGAACCGAAACUACAGUGAUAACACUUGACACGCCCACAAGUGACAGAAUAAACCGGUCAAAUGAGACCAACAACUUCAGAGGUUCCGAGUGUUUACGAGUUCAUCGGAUUAAUGUUUUGUGCAAGGAAAUAUCAAUUCUACGCAAGUCUACAUUAACAUUUGAACUACCUAUAGGCAUCAAAGAAAUAAGCGAUCUCCAGUCAGAAUGGACCCCAAGAAGAAUAAAGUCUUUUCCAAACUGCGAGAAAAAACCAAGCCCCUGUUUAAUGUGAAGAUGGGUAAGAAAGCCAAGAAGACUCCCCUGCGAUACAGAAGGAGCAUUUCAGUACCAGACUUGUUAAGUGAUCGAUCCAUGCAGUCUCUUCUAGACACUACUGAUCAGUCUUUAUCCCCAGACUUGUUUGUUGGGCCAGUUCAUUCAUUUGUUUCUGAUGAAACACAGUGUGAAACCUCCAGCCUAACUGAAAGUCUCACUGUUACAGACACAACAUUAUCUGCAAAGUGCACUGACCCAUACACUGUCCCAGACAGCCCAUUUUCAAAAAAGGUCCUGGGCCAGCACAAUGCUACAGACACCUCUCUGGAUCAGGUUAUUACCCCAUACACACCAUCCUCAGCCAAGGUCCCAGACAACUUGAUACUUCCAAACACACCACCAGAUAAACGGAUGGAGGACAGGGAAAGAAACACCACAUGGUACAUAGAAGACAGUGAGUCAGCUUGUAGCACACCAUCUGAAGACCGGUCCGUCAUCUUCUGGUCUCCUGAGCAUGACCUGACAGGGUUAGAGCCUGUUACACCACAGUCCACAGAGAUGUUUAUUAUCGGAUCAGCUGAGGACAAGAAUGAAGCUUCCAAUGAGACCAACGACUAUGACACCAAUUUCUCAGGAAAAGAAACGAAAACUACUGCAGCAGGUCAGAAGCUCCAUUAUCUCCUCACCAUCAACUUAAAGGAGGGAAGGAACCUGCCCAUCAAAGAUCGCUGUGGUACCAGUGACCCGUAUGUCAAAUUCAGAAUAGAUGGCAAGACAGUCUACAAAAGCAAGGUUGUGUACAAGAACCUUAAUCCUACAUGGAACGAGUGUUUCUCCAUCCUCAUCAGGGACUUGGAGCAGAAUGUUUAUGUUAAGGUGUACGACCGGGAUCUGAGAUCUCGGGACUUCAUGGGUUCAAGCGUGAUCAUGCUCAGUAACUUGGAGUUGGACAAAACAUCUGAGAUGAUCCUGCAUUUGAAAGACCCUGGCAGUCUGGAAGAGUACAUGGGAGUAAUAAUCUUAGACGCCUGCGUGUCCAUCUGUGAGGGGCCCACCAAACGAAAUAAAUGGCCACAUAGGAGGAAAGGAAGCUUCAAUAAGGGUCAGCUCCGAGCGGCUGCCAUGCAGAAAAGCCAAGUGUGGAGUGGCGUAUACACUGUGGUGCUUGUGGAGGGGCAGGACAUGCCUGAAGGUGGCCAAGGAGACGUCUUUGUCCGCUUCAAACUGGGAGAGCAGAGGUUCCGAAGCAAAAAUCUGUGCAUUAAGACCAGUCCACAGUGGAGGGAGAAGUUCGAAUUCAACCGUUUCGAGGAUGGCCAACCAGAUGUGCUGCUAGUUGAGCUCUACUGCAAGAAGGGCAGAAAGUGUGAGGAAUGCUGGGGAAUGAAUGAACUUGACCUCUCACAGCUGCCAGCCAAUUCAACACAGACAUACAACGUGAUUACAAGCAAAGGGCGGUUGGUGUUUCUGGUCACACAGAACCCCUGUUCUGGAGUCUCCAUCUCUGACCUGGGCUCCACAUCCUUAGACAAUCCAUGUACCGAUGAAAGCAUCCUGAAGAAAUAUAGUCUGAAGAAAACACUGGAUAAUCUGAAGGAUGUUGGCUACCUCCAGGUCAAGGUUUUACGGGCUGCAGACCUUUCAUCUACAGAUCUGAAUGGUAAGAGUGACCCAUUUUGUGUGCUGGAACUUGGGAACAGCAAGCUGCAAACUCAAACCAUCCAUAAGACCCUCAAUCCAGAAUGGAGAACAGCCUUUACAUUUCCAAUUAAGGACAUCCAUGAUGUCCUAAUGCUGACCGUUUUUGGUGAAGAUGGAGACAAAGCACCAGACUUUCUGGGGAAAGUUGCUAUUCCUUUGCUUACUGUUUCUAAUGGACAACAAAUAACCAGUCUUUUGAAAAAGGACAAUUUGGAAGACAUGUCGAAAGGAAGCAUUACACUGGAAAUGAACGUUUUGUACAACCCAGUCAGAGCUGCCAUUCGAACCUUCUAUCCCAAAGAAACAAAGCUUGAGGAGGACAACCCAAAGUUCAAUAAAAAGCUGUUAGCACGCAACAUUUACCGUGUGAGGAAGAUCAGCAUGGCCAUUCUGUAUACGCUGCAGUACAUUAAAAGCUGCUUCCAGUGGGAGAGCACUCAGAGGAGCAUCACUGCCUUCCUGGUUUUUGUAUUGACGGUGUGGCACUUUGAGCUGUUCAUGUUGCCUCUCCUCCUCCUGCUGUUCAUCGGCAGGAACUAUUUCCACAUCACGCCAGGCGUGGGCAGCCACAGUCAGGACCUGGAGAGCAUCUCUGCCGCUGAGGACGAAGAUGAAGAGGAAAAGGAAUCAGAGAAAAGAGGCCUGAUGGAGAAAAUCCAUAUGGUUCAAGAAAUUGUGCUCACCUUCCAAAGCGUUCUCGAUGAAAUAGCUAGCAUCGGAGAAAGAUUAAAGAACACUUUCAACUGGUCAGUGCCAUUCUUGUCCUUCCUGGCCUGCUGUGUCCUGUUCAUUGCUACAGCUACACUCUACUACAUCCCUUUGCGUUACAUUGUCUUGUUAUGGGGUAUUAACAAAUUUACAAAGAAGCUCCGCAACCCACAUGCCACUGAAAACAACGAAAUAAUGGAUUUUCUCAGGAGGGUACCAUCUGAUGUUCAAAAGGUGCAGUAUAGCGAGCUGAGACCGCCUAGCAUCCAGAGUGCACAGAAGAAGAAGCGCUAGUGCUCAUGCAAGUUGUUCCGGAUGAAAGGGCGAGACAAUGGUUGAAAGUGGUCUCCUCCCUUCUGUGGGGAGGCUGCUCAGAUUCUCUCAAAUGUGUGUGUGUGUGUGUGUGUGUGUGUGUGAGAGAGAGAGAGAGAGAGAGAGAGAGAGAGAGAGAGAGAGAGACAGAUAGAACAUUGUCACUCACUGACUUGCAGGCCAGCACACUGGGAUGUAACUAACAGAGCAUGAUCAUGAAGAAGAAAGUAAAAGCAAAGUAACCUCAGCCCUGCAGCGAUCAUGCAAAACACAACAAGCAAUUCAUAAAUUGAUUAAUACAAUAAUACUAUAAAUUAAUAAGUGACACAAAAUGUGAUAUUAUAAUUUGAGGGUGACAUGGUUUUUUAAAUUAUUUUUUAAAGAAAAGAAGAUUAUGCCUUAAUGUAUGACAGGCAUGGUAAACUCUCCUCAUUUAGACUGUACAUAGCAAACAAUAUCGAUGAAAAAUGCAAUCAGAAAUUGUGACGUGAACAGUUAUAUUUAUUAAGUGGAAGAAUGCAAAUAUUUUUUAAAAAAAUUACUAAUUAAUGUGUAUGGAUUAUGUGAUUUGUAUCAAUAUUUUUCAUCCCAUAUGUUUUAUAAAAAAGUUAUCCUUUAUAAUGUUAUAAAGCUAACUAAUGGU